AUGGGUAUUUUGCUGAGUUGUUGCAAAGAGCGGGAACCGGAGGAAGAGCCCCUUAUAGCGUCGAAUCAGAGAGGGUAUGGUGGUGAAGGAGCUGGCAAUUUCGAAGAGUACAGUGAUCUACAGAGGCUGAAACGAGAGGAAGAGAACAAACUCAUGGCUAGAGAACAGCAACUUCGGGAUAUAGUAAGUGACACGAACGAUAAGCUGAUUGACAUUUCGAUGAUCAGCAACAGUGGAAUAGUGACUCACGGCAGGGAUGUAAGCACUGCAAAUAACGAUACUUCUGAAGGAAAUAUAAGCGAGCAAGAAGCACAGCGGUCUAGCCAAAUAGAUGCCAAAUCAACAGCGGCAGUUUACACCCCACUUGACGCUAACUCAGCAUCCAGAUACACCGUCACACAACUUCGGAGUGCACACAGUGUACUAUUUGACCAAUUGCAAUCUGAACUGGAAGUAAGACCUACAGGAGAUCUUGUGGUUAAUCUAUAG